AUGCACGGACUGAAGUCUAAGUGGCCAGUGGCGCUUGAUUUGGCCGGCUCGAAUCUUCCCUUCCGUCUCGAAGGUGAGAUAGGCGAUCUGGUCGUCCUUGGCGAGAUCCCCAAAGAAAUCGAAGGCACAUUCUAUCGAGUCAUGGUUGACCCCUUUGUCCCUCCGGACCCACGAAAUGUACCUAUCGAUGGCGACGGCAAUAUAUCCGCGUUUCGGUUCCACGACGGUCGUGUGGACAUGAAGACCCGAUAUGUCGAGACCGAGCGCUACAAGUUGGAGCGCAAGGCUAACAAGGCACUUUUUGGACUGUACCGCAAUCCUUUUACCCACCACCCGUGCGUUCGGGCAGCAGUUGAUAGCACAGCCAAUACCAACCUCGUGCUAUGGGCAGACCAUCUAUUGGCGUUGAAGGAGGGGGGUCUGCCAUACGCCGUAGACCCAGAUACCUUGGACACAACUAUGUAUGAUCCGUUUAAAGGGCAGAUAUCCGCGAAAACGUUCACCGCGCAUCCAAAAGUCGACCCCUUUACAAACGAGCUGGUGGUGUAUGGGUAUGAGGCAAAAGGACUUGCCACUCUGGAUGUUGUCACGUACACUCUAGAUCAGGAUGGGAAAGCUUCGGAAGAGCUAUGGAUAAAAUCGCCUUGGUGUGCCUUUAUUCACGACUGUGCUAUCACAAAGAACUGGCUCAUUCUUGUCCUUUGGCCCUUUGAAUCCAACAUGGAGCGUCUCAAAGCUGGAGGACAGCAUUGGGCAUGGAACUACGACCUUCCCGCCACAUUUUUGAUAGUCCCGCGGCGCAGUGAGGUGGCAGAAAAGUAUGGGUGGAAGAAAGGGGAGCAUAGGCGCCAGUUCUGGAAGAACUGUAUGCCAAUUCACACAGCAGGUGCAUGGGAAGGGGAAGAUGGAAAGAUUUACCUGGAGAGUUCGCGAGUGCAUGACAACGCUUUUCCUUUCUUCCCUCCUGACGACGGGCGGAUGCCCUCGCCGGACAGCAAGGCGGACUUUGUGCGCUGGGAACUCGAUCCGAAUCUGCCUGACGGUACGCAAACGCCAGAUCCUGUGGUUGUGCUUGACAUACCUUCGGAAUUUCCCCGUAUUGACGAACGAUUCAUGACCACUCAAUACGAGUGGCUUUUCCUCGAUGUCUUCCUGCCCGAGAAACACGAUGGUAGCAAGAAUAUCUUCCACGGCCUUAAUGCGUUGGCUAUGCACAGUAACAAAACGGGAAAGACCAAGUUUUUCUACGCCGGAGAUGAUUCCCUCGUCCAAGAGCCAAUCUUUAUCCCACGGUCGGAAGAUGCGCCAGAAGGAGAUGGAUGGGUGAUGGCUCUUAUAGAGAGAAGAGCCGCGCAACGUUGUGACCUGGUGGUUCUCGACACGAAAAACUUUGAGAAACCGAUUGCAAUUGUGCAGCUGCCCUUCCAUGUAAAGUCGCAGGUUCACGGAAACUGGGUCGAGGCGAAGCGACUCAAAACACAAAAGAGCCUAGUCAGACAAAUGGGAGAGCUGAAGAUCAGUGGGCAAGGGGCACUGGAGCCCCUGAUCUGA